AUGACCCGGAAGCGGAAGAGGGGUGUGUCGGACAUCUGGGUUCUCGGGGGCGGGGGGUCGGAGCAGGGGAAUCCUGGACACCGGGGUUCCCUGACCCUGCCUCGCCCCCAGGACAGCGAGUUCUCGGACGCGGAGCCGGCCGGGGCGAGCGAGGAGACGCGCUCGGAAAAUGGGGAGAAACGCGCCGUUUACUGCAUCUGCCGCAAGCCCGACAUCAACUGCUUCAUGAUUGGGUGUGACAACUGCAAUGAGUGGUUCCAUGGUGACUGCAUCAAUAUCACGGAGAAGAUGGCCAAGGCCAUUCGGGAGUGGUACUGCCUACAGUGCCGUGAGAAGGAUCCAUCACUGGAGAUCCGGUACCGUCACAAGAAGUCAAAGGAGAAGGAGAGGGACCAUGAGCGUGACCGACCUGAUAAGGAUGAUCUGCGUAAGAAGGCCCAGGAGCUGGGCAUAGACCAGGCCCGUGGAUCCAAGCAGCAAAUCAAGCGGUCAGCCCGCAUGUGCGGGGAAUGCGAGGCCUGCCGGCGCCCCGAAGAUUGUGGCCACUGUGACUUCUGCCGUGACAUGAAGAAGUUUGGGGGCCCCAACAAGAUCCGCCAAAAGUGCCGACUGCGCCAGUGCCAGUUGCGUGCCCGGGAAUCUUACAAGUACUUUCCAGCAUCGCUACUGCGGGGCCGGGACGACAACCUGCACCUGCUGAAGGAGCAGCUGGAGGCGGCCACCACCCCUGAGCCACUGUCAGACGAGGAGCUGCCCAUUGACCCUGAGCUGUACCAGGAGCUGUGUGCCGGUGCCUUCGAUGACCAUGGUCUGCCAUGGCUGAGCGACCCUGAGGAUGCCCCCUUCUUAGACCCUGUCCUGCGCAAACGAGCAGUGAAGGUCAAGCAUGUCAAGCGGCGGGAGAAGAAGUCGGAGAAAAAGAAGGAGGAGAAGUACAAGCGGCACAAGCAGAAGCAAAAGCACCGGGACCGGGCACGGCACCUGGAACGUCCGGACACCAAAGACCCAGCUGCCCUUGCUCAGUGCUUGGGGCCUGGCUGUGUCCAGCCUGCCCGGCCUGCCUCCAAGUACUGCUCUGACCAGUGUGGCAUGAAGCUAGCUGCCAACCGAAUCUAUGAGAUCUUGCCGCAGCGCAUCCAGCAGUGGCAGCAGAGCCCAUGCGUGGCUGAGGAGCACGGCAAGAAGCUGCUGGAGCGCAUCCGGCGGGAGCAGCAGGGCGCCCGGCUGCGGUUGCAGGAUAUGGAGCGCCGCUUCCAUGAGCUGGAGGCUGUCAUUGCUCGGGCUAAGCAGCAGGCUAUCAAGGAGGAUGAGGAGAGCAACGAGGGGGACAGUGAGGACACGGACCUGCAGAUCUUUUGCGUCUCCUGUGGGCACCCCAUCAACCCCAAGGUGGCUCUGCGUCACAUGGAGCGGUGCUAUGCCAAGUAUGAGAGCCAGACGUCCUUUGGAUCCAUGUACCCCACCCGCAUCGAGGGGGCCACCCGCCUGUUCUGUGACGUCUACAACCCCCAAAGCAAGACGUACUGCAAGCGGCUGCAGGUGUUGUGUCCCGAGCACUCCCGUGACCCCAAGGUGCCCGCGGACGAGGUGUGCGGGUGCCCACUGGUGCGGGACGUCUUCGAGCUGACAGGCGAUUUCUGCCGUGUGCCCAAGCGCAAGUGCAACCGGCACUACUGCUGGGAGAAGCUGCGGCGCGCAGAAGUUGACCUGGAGCGUGUCCGUGUGUGGUACAAGUUGGACGAGCUGUUUGAGCAGGAGCGCAAUGUGCGGGCAGCCAUGACGAACCGGGCAGGGCUGCUGGCACUCAUGCUGCACCAGACCAUCCAGCAUGACCCGCUCACCACUGACCUGCGCAGUGCUGCCCGCCGCUGACUGGUCCCUGUGAGGUGAUGCCGGGUGCUCGAACAGCUCUGAUCCUUUAUUUUUUUAACUCAGUUUUUCUUUAUACUUUUUUUUCUCUUCCUCUUUCUUACAAAUUUUGAAUAAUAAAAAAAAGGAAGUGGUGGUGGGGUCUGAGGGGGGAGCAAGGUAUUUCCCCCAUCCCUACCCCUGGCCUAACUGGGGAGAGGCAUGAAUGACUACUGCAGCCCUAUCCUUGUCUCUGCCAUAGGAAGAGCCUGAGCUGGGCCCCUGUUCCCCCCUGUUAUGAGGGGGCUGAUUCCUAGCCCAGGGGACAGGGGCAGGUAUAUGCCCCCAUCACCUGCACUUUGGGGGGAGUGGAUCUCUGGGUCCGUGCUGUUUCUAAGUGCCCUCCUGUCCUCCUCCUGGCAUUGGGGGGGGGGGAGAGGCAGGGGGUGACCCUAGUUAAUAAAGUUGGCCAGUUAA